UACCUAAGCAUCGGAUCCGGACACGGCCCUAAUGGACACGUGGCUUCCUUGGAAGAAAUCAUGGCGUGAGCUAGAUACGUAGAUAAAGCGAAUAAUUCAGUAAUUUGGUUCCAAGAGGGAGAGACAGAGAGGAGGAACGAGAGGGAGAGAGGAGGCGUAGCAAUAUAUAUUCUUCGUCCGUGGAUUUCUCUCAUUCUCUCUCCUCUUCGCCGGAGGAGAAAACAGUGGCUGGCAGCGGAUAAAUAUUUUUAUGGUCGAUAAUGGAGUGGUGGGAUAAGAUGAUGCAUCCUGCACGAAGGGUUUGGAAGAGCUUCGUGGUGCGUAUUGGAAUUCGCAAACCAGGGCUACUCAAGCUGCGACAUGAUGUCAGGGCUUGUGAAUAUGAGGAUGUGCGUGUUAUGUGGGAGAUGCUGAGAAGAAAUGAAACUGAAAAUGCUAAACUCUCAGGGAAUGGCAAGAAGAGAUCCUUCUGGAAUUGCUUUAGCUGGGCUAGGUGCAGUCCAUAUUUUGGCCGCAGCUAUUGAUCAUUUCACAUGGGAGGACUUUAGUCCUCUAUUUCAUUUGAAAUGAAUGAGAUAUGGAUAUCAAUUGAUAAUAAAAGAGCAAGGAGGACUCUGUAGAUGUGAGAUUGUCUUAUUUUCAUUUCAAGUUAGCCGUUUGUACAUAUCAUCUUCCCCAUUUAGAUGGAUGUAUCUCUCUCCUUGUCCUUGUGUUUUAUCUCCAAUGGAAUAAACUGCUUUUUGUGGUUUAUGUGAUCU